CAAAUCCUGGUUAUCGGGUUGUCCCAACAUUCAAGGCAAAACCUACGAGCCUCAGCAUCCCACUCUCCAGGGAAUCACCUAGAAAUCUCAUCUUUUUCCCCCUGCAGAGCAGCAGAAUCUGGAAUAUUCUCUCUCACACUCAGACGCACAUCACAACUUCUUGACUCCAAUCCCCAAACUUUCCUUGAACCUGUUGAACACUCCCAGAGAAUCCAGUCAUUUUGCCUUCUCAAACUCCUCCAAGGAACUCAACAUUGGGUCUCUCCAGGCAUCAUGAUCAGACUUGCCGCAGUGUUGCUGAUGCUCGUGGUUCCUUCUCUUCUACUCCUAGAGGACUCCGGACAAACGGGAGUCAAGAAUAUGAAAGACCCUAAGUGUCCACCUCGGAAGAAGAAUUUUGCAGCACUGACGGGCCACAUAUGUCAAAGAAGUUGUGAGCGCCGCAGCUGCUCCAAACAUAGGAACUGUGUAUGUGAUGGGGACUGUGGACUGAGCUGCAUCCCUACAGGUUUGAGUUGUCCUUGGCCAGUGAUGAUAGACAACGCUGAGACACAGGUGGCCCAGGAAUCCAAUAUGUUUGGGGACUUCAUGAGGGUGACAUGUCACCCUGGAUUUAUAAUGGAUCAUGGACAGGAUGUAGCAAUGAGUCGCUGCCAAGGAGAUGGAAAGUGGAGCUUCACUGCACCCUGUGAAGAUAUUCUUAAUCUUUCAUCAGUUUGCAAACCUCCUCCAGAAAUUGAAAAUGGAUUCUAUGAAGGUGGCCCCUACAAAGUAGGAAAAGAAGUAACUUAUGAGUGUAACUAUGGAUAUCAGCUGGAAGGAGCCAGCACACUCUUAUGCCAAGAGAAUGAAGAAUGGUCACACGCAGCCCCAACCUGCCGUCCUGUUAAUUGCUCCCAACCACCCAAUAUUGCUCAUGCAACCCUAGUUGCUGUGCACAAGCCUGAACACCCAGUGGGAACCGUGAUCUAUUACUUGUGCAACAAGGACUUCUACUUAGAUGGCUCCGAGAGAGUUGUGUGCUUGGAAAACGGAAGCUGGUCCCAAUUACCCCAUUGCAGAGCCCGUUGUCCAAUCUCUGCCCAGCGUAGUCGGGUGAUCUACAACGGACACAAGCUCUGGAUCAAUGAGAUCCCAUCUGGUCUGGUCCAUCAUGGAGAAACUGUCAAGUUUUUCUGCCGCGGCCAAAACAAAACCUGUAGCUUUGAGGCUGAGAGCCAAUGCUUUGAUGGUGUGUUGAAGACGCCAGACUGCUAUGAUGAGCCCACGUAUCUGCAGUACCAUCUGUUCCCUAAAAGAGUUGUUUCUGAAAUACCUGCUUGUUGAACGCCCUGCGAGCCAUUCGUUCUUCAACUGAGAUGCCUCCUUCUUCCUUGUCCAAGCUUGACUGGCAUCCUGGAGGUGCAGAAAAGAGAGGUGGAAAAGAAGGAAUCGAUGCAAGAGAACCGAAACCAGCCACAUUUAAAAGUAGAAAAAAGACUUGGGGAUUCAGACACUUGAGACAACACUCUAAUAAGCAACCGCGAAAUAUUUUAUUUAUUCUCUCACUCUAUGGCUCCCUGGGUGAGCACAACAUUUCUCCCCUAUACCACCUUAAUCUUACUUACUUUAUACAGAUUUUAUGGUUGGAUCAACCUGUCACAAGCAAAAUAAUAGUUCUGUGGGAGGCUUUUUAAAAAAAACAUGAAGGCAGCUUCAUUCAGAGUUCGCAAUGUGAUGAGAUACUUAGUACACAGCAAGCGUUCAGCGACUUCAUAUAUGUCAACGGCAAGAUUCACAAAAGCAGAAUAACAAUAGAUUUGCACUAUCCAUGAACUUCAUACCUUUUUUGCUUGUAGGAAUUGUGCUGAUUUUCAUGCCGAAAAUCAGGGGUUGUAUAUAGGAAAAUGGAAAGAUGGCAAGAAAAACAGUAUAAAGCUGCAAUUUUAUGCAUUCUUACUAGGAAGUAAAGAACUCUAUUGAACUGG